CAAAAGCUCGGAGUCAGAGCGAAGAUCAAGACGGCCAUGCGGUCUCGAGUGUCAGUUGAACAGCACGCGCGCCACUGACUUUUCGCGAAAAAUUUUUUAGUGGUGAUAAGUUUGGUUUUUUCUGGAUUUGAGUGUUGUGUCUGGUGUCGUACGAUCAUGGCUGGAUAGUCGCGAGGAGAUGUCGACGGAAAAACUCGCUUCAAAUCGAAUCUGUCGUUCGGAAAAUGCCGCGAGUGCGUUGAUGCCUGCACGUGAGAAGCUGUGAGUCCUAUAUGGGCAUCCGCAGGACCAGUUGCCAUAGACCGAUAUGGUGCAUCCUCUUGCUGGCCAUCCAGCAGUGCGUUGCGGUGGAUUUUCGGAACAUUAUUGCCGUGAAUACGCUUCCGGAUGGCGAGGUUGAGACGAGGAUCAGUUAUAGGAAAAUCAGUGCCAAAGAAACCACCGUUGGAAAGGGAUCAUCAACUGGUCUGAAAUACCGCCAAAUCGUGAAGGGACACGGCCUCCUCCAAGUAAUACUCGACGAUAGCAAUAAAUUAAUAGACUGUGACUACGUCCACGAUGAACAGUUGUCCAAAACGUUCCUUGAUAAUUUUAAGCAAGAUUUAAGCAAUCUCAUAGCUACCUCAAAUGUAUCGAUAGAAUUCCUAGACGAAAAUUCCCUUCCGAGGCAUUUAAAGUCCAAGUUCCAGAUGAAGAAACUCAGGAAAGAGUGUGAAGAACUUCAUGAAAGACUGAAGAGCGAAGCAGAGAGAAUGCAGCAUAUGUAUUAUUCUAAUAGCUCACAUAGUAUCCGUAGAGAUAGAAGAGACCUCAGCGACCUCCUCAGAGUUCCUGGUACUAAAUGGUGCGGCAAGGGUUAUUCGGCAGAGAAGUAUACCCGUUUGGGAAUGUUCAGCAGGACUGACAGAUGCUGCAGGAAGCACGAUACCACGUGUCCUUUUUGGAUAGGAGGAUUCUCCACCAAAUACGGAUUGUAUAACUGGAGAAUAAACACAAUUAUGCAUUGCGGUUGUGAUGAACGUUUCAGGGCUUGUUUGAAACUAGUUGGUACCAGUGACGCCAAUAUGGUUGGAAAACUAUUCUUCAACGUGGUGCAAACCCAGUGCUUUGUCAUUAAAUACAAGAAGAAAUGUAUAAAGAGGUCAUGGUGGGGAAAAUGUGAAAAGCAUAAGUUCAUCAAACAUGCCAUAUUGAGAGAAAACUUACCAUAUUGAAUGUUCAACUCAAUUUUU